AUGGCCGUCGCUCUCGAAGAAAAGAACAGGUCGCAGAACGUUUUCGAAUCACGAUUGGGCAAAGACAAGGACCACCCCAUGACGGUCGAAGAAGAGGAGAGUAACACGCAGCAGAGAGCUCAAAUUACUUCCGACCAGGAUGCCGCGAGGGAGUUGGACUUCCCAAAGCAAGGAAGUAGGAGAGUGAAAGCUCGAGCGGUAGCUGAGAAACGUGGAAGCGCAUCGAAGAGGAAGGCCCCUGCGCAUGCCGAUACCGACGAUGAAGACGAACGGCAAAACGGCCAUGGAAAGCGUGUGUGUGAAGAGGACUGGGGGCCUUUGUCUCAAAGAACCCGUUUUCAAAACAACGCGACUCCUGCUCAGCGAUCAUCGGCACUUGAGAUUAGCAUGGCCAGAUCAGGUUUUGUUUGUCCAGAAGACAGUUCUACCGAUGCUUCGACCGGAUCUACCGAGAACUCUUCCCAGACUUCGCUCGCCAGCAGUACCACGCAGCCUGAACGGAUGCGUAAAGCCAUGUCGCCGCAGAUCGUGAUGGUUGCCGAGGAUGAGUUGGAACAGGAUGAGGCGCAAGAUACUGAAGACUGGAUGGAAGCAGUCUUCACCUCCAACGAUGAUGACUCCGAAUACAUGGCCGACAUGCAUUGA